ACACACAUAGCACAGCAGAGUCGGUGGAAAGGGACGAGAGAGUAGAGGGGAGUUGCUCGCGCGCGCCCGCGAGUUUCGACUUUGAAUCCUUCGUGACAGAUAUGCCGCGAACGCGCGCCGAGUAACGUUAUCGAGAGAACACACACGGCCUCCCGCGCUCUCAAGGAGGACUUGUUUCUCGCGAUCGGCUGCGGCUCCUUUGUUUCGAUUCCCAGAGCAUUUAACGCUCGAGUUUCGAUCUGGUUGUUUUAGUUAUUUUAAAAAAUCGCUCGGUUCUGUGCGGGUAUGAACAUUUCGCUCUUUAGGAGGAGACCUGUUGACAGCUUCUAGUAGGUUCGGUACGGAGUUACGCUCGACGACUCCACGUAUCAUCUGGGAUUUCGUUGGCGGCUCUUUGUUUGUAUCCGAGGGCCGAGGAUUUGGAGUUUGUACGGCUGAGUUUGGCUUCUGAGAGGAGAUCAGGAUGACGCUACUUCCGCCGACGGUGGAGCAGCAGAGGCGGAUCGACGAUGUCCUGCCGCCGGAUCCGGAGAUGAGGAAGCGCGAUAUCGCCGCGAUUAGAGAGUGGCUCGCUAAACAGCCUCAUCUGCCGAAACAUAUGGAUGACAAGAGGCUGGAGCACUUUCUGUUCGGCUGCAAGAACAGCAUAGAAAGGUGCAAGCUGAUCCUCGAGACGUACUUCAGCGCGCGAACGGCCCUGCCUGAGUUCUUCGCUAACAGAGAUCCGCUCGCGCGAGAUAUCCAGGACAACUGCGAUGUGAUAGAAUACUUCGUUCUGCCAAAAUUAACGGAGGAGGGCCACAGAGUGACAAUACUGCGGCUGAAGGAGACGGCGUUGGAACGAUUUUCUCUCACCGCGAUAACGAGGCGGAUCCUCAUGGUUCUGGACAUUCGUCUACAGGAGGAGGCCUCUUUGACGAAUGUUAUGAUCUUCGAUCUCAAGGGUUUCACAGCCGGCCACUUCGCCAAAUGCGUUCCAACGCAAACGAUCGUGAAGAAAGCCAUGCUCGCGACGCAGAACAGUAUGCCCUUCAGAUUACACCGGAUCUACUACUUGAACGCCCCGACCUUCAUCGGCAGCGUCCUCAACAUCUUCUAUCCCCUCCUGAAGGAAAAGCUCAUCGAGAAGUUUCGUAUACACACCGGUGACGGCGAGGAGCUUCAUCCCUACAUAGACAAGGACAUUCUGCCGAACGAGUGGGGCGGCAAAGCCGGUACUUUCUCGGAGCUUAACGAGGCUUGGCGUCUGAAGAUCGAAAAGCACCGGGACUGGUUCUUGAGAGAGGAAAAGCUCAGCCGGACGAACGAAAGCGCGCGACUGCCUACGAGCAAGUCGCUCAUAGCUAAGGAGCUUGACGGUGUUCAGGGCUCCUUCCGCAAGCUCAACAUCGAUUAGAUAUAAAGAAGCGGAAUUUUUUAUUUUGUUGUAGAUUAUUAUUAUUUUGUAUUAUUGUAUUUUUUUUUUGUAUUAUUUUAAUGUGUAAUUUUUAGUAUUAUUUUUAUGUGCACUUUAAUAAAUAGUGUAGUUUUUAUGAAA